AGCUGCAGUAGACCAUUUUAGGUUUGCCUAUGCGGUCGACAGGAGGAAGGCGCCUGUUUGCAUGUUUUCACGGAGACACGUUUAAUUUGUCGACUUCACGUGUGGGAUAGAAUACAUUUUUAGGUUCCACUUUAGCUGACCUCUCAUUAGGUGACACGAACAUGGGUGCAGAUAAGCGGGUUAGCCGCACUGAACGUAGUGGCCGGUACGGUUCAGAGCAGUCCCGUGAUGAUGACAGACGUGACCGCCGAGACCGUGAUGAUCGUGGGUAUGACUCUCACCGCUGGAGCGAUGAUCGUCGUAGUGACCGCUACGAUGGAGACAGGGGGGAUCGUAGUGAUCGCUACUGGAGCCGAGACAGUCCCGAGCGAGGUAGAAAGCGCCGUAGCAGUGAUUGUUCUGAAGACGGUCACCAUUCAGAUGGUGAUUACUCUGAGCAUGACUACAGGGGAGACUCUGUUGAUGAAAAGGAGAGCAAGAUCAUCAUGCUCCGUGGUCUGCCUCUCAACAUCACCGAGGCAGAUAUUCGAGCAGCCAUAGACCAGUUGGAGGGGCCGCAGCCAAUGGAUGUGCGAUUGAUGAAAAAGAGAACAGGUAAAAGCCGAGGUUUGACCUUCGUGGAGUUUUAUCACUUGCAAGAUGCUACCCGAUGGAUGGAGACCAAUCAGAAGCUGCUGACCAUACAGGGCAAGACUGUUUCCAUGCACUACAGUAACACACGACACAAGUUUGAAGACUGGCUUUGCAACUCGUGCGGCCUGUACAAUUUCCGGAGGAGGCUCAAGUGUUUCAGGUGUGGUGCUGCUAAAUCAGAAUCAGAAAGCAGCGUAACUUCUGGAACCACAGAAACCCAACAAAGUGGUGAUUACUAUGGCGACACAAUCAUCUUGAGAAACAUUGCUCCGCUGUCCACUGUGGAGGGGAUUAUGUCAGCCCUGGCACCAUAUGCUAACCUGUCACCCAGCAACAUCCGACUUAUCAAAGACAAACAGACUGGACAGAAUAGAGGCUUUGCUUUUGUCCAGCUGUCCUCUCCUUUGGAGGCUUCACAGCUUCUCACCAUCCUGCAGGGUCUGCAACCUCCGCUUAAGUUAGACGGGAAGACCAUUGGAGUCGAUUAUGCCAAGAGUGCUCGCAAGGACUUGCUUUUGCCUGAUGGGAACCGCAUCAGUGCUUUCUCUGUAGCCAGCACAGCGAUUGCUGCUGCCCAGUGGUCCUCUUGCCAGCCCCAACAAAGUGUGGAACCAGCAUCAGAGUACAGCUACCUGCAAGAGGGUUAUGUUCCUUAUUCACAGGAAUAUCAUUCUCAAUUUCAACAGCAGGCAGUAGCAACAGACCCUUCUCAGGCUAAUGGCAUACUUGGAGCUGCUCCCGGAAUGAAAGUUCUUCCUACAGCUGGACCAGUGGUUAUCUCUCAGGGUGCUCAGGUUUAUCAACCUCAUAUCAUCGGCCAGCCAGCCACACAGAACUUGCAGGCACCGCAGACUGUGACCAUCACUGGAGCCGCCACCAUCUCAGCCCCAGCAACUUCUGCAGUAGCCACAUCUUCCACAGCUGCAGCGACUCCUGCAUCUCCCUCUGCACUACCAUCCACUUCAGAUCCUAAAGCUUCUGCCCCCGAUACUUCCACCUACCAGUUUGAUGAGUCAUCUGGCUAUUAUUAUGACCCUCAAACCGGUCUUUAUUAUGAUCCCAACACACAUUACUACUAUAACUCAUACACGCAGCAGUAUUUGUACUGGGACAGUGAGAAGAAUGCAUAUGUGCCUGCAGCUGAUAGCAGCACUCCAUCUGCCUCCUCCACCCCUGCUAAAGAGGGCAAGGAAAAGAAGGACAAGCCCAAAAGCAAAACAGCUCAACAGAUUGCAAAAGAUAUGGAGCGUUGGGCAAAGAGUCUGAACAAGGCAAAGGAGAAUUUUAAGAGCAGCUUCCAGCCUAUCAGCCAGGAAGAGAGGAAGGAGGCAGCAGCAGCAGAUGCUGGCUUCACACUGUUCGAAAAAAAACAAGCUACUGGUUUGGAGAGGCUUAUAUCAGAGGCAGUGAAGACUACUGAAGACGAAAUUCCAACCUCAAAGGUGGGUCUUGUGGCAGCCUAUAGUGGGGACAGCGAGCCUGAGGAGACUCCAGAAGGUGAAGAAAAGGAUGACAAAUUGACAGACUGGAAAAAAAUGGCCUGCCUACUGUGCAGAAGACAAUUCCCCAGUAAAGAAGCACUAAUUCGUCAUCAGCAGCUCUCAGACCUGCACAAGCAAAAUUUGGAGGUUCACAGAAGGUCCAAGUUGAGUGAAGCAGAACUAGAGGAGUUGGAAAGGAAAGAGACUGAGAUGAAGUACAGAGACCGGGCAGCUGAGAGGAGAGAGAAGUAUGGCAUUCCUGAGCCUCCAGUUCCAAAGAAGAGGAAGUUUACACAGCCCACACCAGUAGUGAAUUACGAGCAGCCUACAAAAGACGGACUGAACAGUGAUAACAUUGGCAAUAAGAUGUUGCAAGCUAUGGGAUGGAAGGAGGGAAAAGGCCUUGGCAGAAAUCAGCAAGGCAUCACAGCACCUAUUGAGGCCCAGAUGAGGGCAAAGGGAGCAGGGUUGGGUACAAAAGGCAGUAAUUACACCCUCUCAGCCUCGGAUACCUACAAGGAUGCUGUGAGGAAAGCCAUGUUUGCACGCUUCACUGAAAUUGAAUAAACUGUUGUGAAUAAACUCUUGCAUUAAUUGCAUUGAGAUUUUUUUUUUUUCGGGGGAUAGAUGGGGAAGCUGUAUAGAUGGUGGAUUAGUGAUGACGUGUUUAUGUAUAUAUGUGUAUAGUGUCUCUUGAGAAAUGUAAUUAUUUUUUGUUUGUUUCACUGAAUUAAGGAUAUUGUCCUCACGCCUGUAAAGUUUGUAAAAGAUGUUCUUUACUUUGUACAUAAAAUAAAAUAUGUUCAGUUA